CCAGUCUUGUAGUUGCAUCAUCAGUUCAGAAGAACUGGAGUCUGAGAACGUUUCUUUGUCCAGAGUUUGGGAACGACGAAAGCCAGGUGGUUUCUGGUAAGUUCUUCUUAUGCAGGACUGGUGUUUUCUAAUAGCUGAAAACAUGCCAGGGAUGUGGCUAUUCAGUGACACUGUCUUCAUUAAGGACCAGGGAUGUGGAGAAAAUCACAAGAUUCACCUUUCCUCUGUAUCUGUAGCAUUUGGAAGCAGCCCAAUCUGUUUUGGAUCUGCUGUGUGUAACUCCAGUUCAUUAUUCAGAUCUGAAUCUGAUCUGUUAAACCCAAAACUCUGUUUUGACCACAUUGACUACAACGGGGAAUCUAAAAAUGGCUAUAUAUUUCCCCCUCUUCUUACAUAAGUGGGUGAAAUUUGCAGGCAAAGAGUGGAUCAAGACUGCCAAAUUUGAGGCAGAAUCCAAGGGAGUUUGGUUAAGUAACUUUUGGUUAUUAUUUUUUUAAAAAAACAGGAAUGUUUUUAUUUUCUGCCAGAAUGGGCCGCCACUUCUGAGGGGAUAAUGCAGAAACCGAUAGUUUUGGGAAGGCCAAAUCUAGGGAAGUCCUUGUUAAAAUGUGAUCUUUAAAACACGAUGUUUAAAAUAUGAACUGAACUGAAUUUCCCCCUGUCCCUUAUAGGUACACUGUGCCUAUGUCCCAAGUCACUUUUUGCCGCCUUAAAACUGGAGGCACACAUUCCUCAUCCACCCAAUGAGGGUAACUCCAAAAGCAGGGUUUAACAAAAUCAUUAGGUUAAUGUGCACCUUGGGAUCAAAGGCGUUUGCAAGGAACAUAGCCAGUAUUGUGCGAUCUUUUCUAUGUUUAGACAAUGGCAGACAACCUUUUGCAGGAGAGCAUUUACCAGCUGCAGAGAGACUGGGACUGGUGAGUGUGCACCCUUUCUGAUGCGCGUGUUAUUGAGCAGGGGAUACAAUAUAAAUGUGCGUUCUAGACCUUUGAGCAGUGGAAUUGGCCGCGCAUAAUACUGUUUGCAGGUGUGCCUGUUGCACAGAUGCUCCAAAUCCCCCUGUUGAUACUCCGAUGGACUUAUUUGUAACCCAUUAUUUUGGCACUUCUCUCUUGCUGCUUCCUUCUGCUAGGGACAGUCCCUAUUGGCUAGUUCCCGGUAGGUCACAAAAUUUAAUUUUGUGUUAUGGGGCGAUUGGGGGCUAUCAGUGUCAACCAAUUGUGUGCAGGGUGUGUGUACAAACACCCUCAACUCUACCAGUUUAAGUCUAGCUUUAAAGGCCAGCCGAAUCAAUAGAACUUCAGAGACGUACACCCGAGCCAUUCUCAAAAUGCAGAAAUAAUCCUGUGCCGUUCUCCUUAACAUGAAUUCCUGUGGGGAAAAGAGCACAGGGAGCCUUUCUAAUGUUUUGAGGAAAGCAAUUAGACUCUGGUCCAUCACAUGCAGAAACGAGUGGCCUGCAUGGGGAUUCACAAUUGGGCCUUAUUUAUUUAUUUUGAAUAUUUAUUGAAUUUCAUAAUAAUUAAUGAUACAAAUCUCAUUCAUCAUGUUAUUUACAAUUAUUCUCCCCCCUCCUUUCGACUUCUCUCAACUCUGUUGAGUUAUUUAGUUUUAUCUAUCGUAUCCUGCUUUUCCUACACAAAAAUAAAAUCCCGUUUCAUUUCUCUGAAAUAUCUGUUACUCAAAUGAAAUUGUGAAAGUUUAUUCAAAUCCUGCCAGUGAAUCCAGCCCAUUCUGUUGUUUCUGCAAAUAAACUAUAAAUGGUUCCCAGACUCUUUUGAAGUCCUUUUUGUCCUUCUCUCGUAGAUUGUCUCUUAGCUUAGCCAAAAGCUAAGUUGAUGUUGAAGAAUCAUUGCUUCGACACUGGUGAUCUUUGCUUCUUCCAGUACACUGGCAUUAGUUUGCCUGUCUUCCCAAGUGAUGUGUAAUUUUUUUGGAGACACUGUUGAUGGAAUGUUUCAAGGAGUUGGGGAUGGUGUUUAUAAGUUUAAAAAUGGCAUUUAAAAUCCUUGUGUAUGAGGGUCCUAACAUCCCUUUUUCAUUCUUAUCUUCCCUUCUCCAGUCAGCUAUUUGAAAAAAUGGAAAGUACGGUGAGUAGAGAAAUCUCUUGGUGUCUGACCUGGGCUGCAGGGAAUUGUUUGAAUUGUUAAUGCACUGCAGGUUGUGAUAAGAACAGGUGGGAGGGAAUGCCCAAAUUGGAGGGAGAUGGGGGGGCAGGAUCUUAGCUUCAUUUGCCAGGCCUUAGGGGCUCCUUGCGAUCUCACCAACCUUAGACACUCAAGGCAACCUUCUCUGUUUCUUCUCCUUUCACCCCAGAACUGGCCCUACCAAACCUCUUCCAAGAUGACAAAAUUAAUGUUUUCUUAUAUGCGACAACAGCAGGGAGAAUGUUGAUAGCCAAUAAUUGGAAAGGAAAUUAUGUUCCAACCAAAGAAGAAUGGUUGAAUAAAUUAUGCGAUUAAUACUUGGAAUUAGCAAAGUUGACUGAUUUGAUAAGACCAAAACCGAAAAAUAUAAUCCAGAAAAAAUGGAAAUGUUUAAAUGGCUAUUUAUGUAGACAAGGAUUAAAUGUAAGGUAUUGGUUGUGUAUAGAAUAGAUUUACGAAAGAUUUAGAAAACAUUGAUUAGAAUAUUUGUGUGAGAUUGUAUCGGAAAAAUACGGAAUAACAGAUACAAUCUUGCUUAAAAUGUAUAUAGGCAGUGCAGUGUAAGUGAUGGAAGUCAAUCAAUGAAAUUUUAUUAUUAUUUUCAUAUUGAGAUAUUUGUAGAAUAAACUUGGGAGAAAUUCUUCCAACUUUUCUUCGUCUUCUUUUCUCUUUAUUUCUUCUUCUUUUUUUCUUUUCUUCUUCUUUCCUCUUUUGUUCCUUUUUCAUAUAUAUGUGCUUAUUUGAAAUAUACCGUAUAUGUAUGUAUGUAUUUGCAAUAUUUUGCUUAACAAUUAUGUUGAAUAAUUUUAAAAAAAAAUAUCUUCCAAGAUAAUAAUGCCCACUCUCAUCACAAAGAACUCAUAACUCACUUACUCUCAGUAGCCAGAAACACCAUAGCCAGACACAGGAGAGACCUGUCAGGAGUAAGCAUGGGCCAAUGGUACCAAAUAGUAUGGGAAACAGCCUUAUUAGAAAAAAACUAAGCAAUAAACUGAAACUGACAUGGGGACAAGUGGAAGAAGAUGCCUUCACCCCAGCAUGCCUCCCCUCUAUCACAUACACAGCCCAACAACACAACGACAAGAAUCUGCCAACAGCAUAUGAAUUAAUCUGGCUAACCUGAUUCAAAAACACCCACCUGCCCCACUCACACAUGAAGACAAAGUUUCUUCUCCUUUUUAAAUCAGUGCUCUGUUUCCUGGCAGCCACUUUUUGGGGGGUGAAAUAGGGGAGGAAUCUUACACUUUAGUCAUGUGAGAUAGAUGACUGCGGCUUUCAAAAUGGUAAACUGUGCUGGGGAAAAAAUUACCGUAUUUUUCGCUCUAUAAGACGCACUAGACCACAAGACGCACCUAGUUUUUGGAGGAGGAAAACAAGAAAAAAAAUAUUCUGAAUCUCAGAAACCAGAGCAGCAAGAGGGAUCGCUGCACAGUGAAAGCAGCAAUCCCUCUUGCUGUUCUGGCUUCUGGGAUAGCUGCGCAGCCUGCAUUCACUCCAUAAGACGCACACACAUUUCCCUUUACUUUUUAGGAGGGAAAAAGUGAGUCUUAUAGAGCAAAACCCACUCUCAGGUUUCCAGCUCUCCCUCAUCUCCUGUUUAGGCUAGAAUUUGCUUCUAAAAAGCACUACAGAUCUAGAAUGCUGAAUCAUGCAGAGUCCAUCUUUUAAGGGUUGGGUGUUUUGUGGUUAUUUUUUUGGCAAUUUUGACUGCUGAAUAAUGUAUUUCUUAUGAAUCUAGGAGUGAUGGUGACUUACUCAUGUGGCUAAUUGUCCCUCUCUCCCCGCCGCUGCCUCCUCCAAAUCCAGUUGCUUGAAUUCACCCAUUUGAAGGUUGAAAUGGAAAAUGCUCCACCAACUUUCCAGGCAGGUGUCUUGCCCUUUCUGGGGAUUUAAAAAAAAAAUAUUUUGAAAUGCAGAAAGAUGACUUAAUAGCUGCAACCUCUUGCCCACCCCCACCUGGACAAAUCUUAGAAUCAUCUAGUCCAGCCCCCUUCAAUGCAGGAAUCUCAGCUAAAGCAUCCAUGAUAGAUGGCCACCCAAGCUCUGCUUGAAAACUUCCAAGGAAGGAGAGUCCACCACCUCCCAAGGAAGCCCAUUCCACUGCCGAACAGCUCUUACCCUCAGAAAGUUUUUCCGUGUGUUUAGUUGGAAUCUCCUUCCUUGUAACUUGAAGCCAUUGAGUCCUAUCCUCAGAAGCAGGAGAAAACAAGCUUGUUCCCUUUUCCAUUUGACAGCCCUUGAGAUUUUUGAAGAUGGCUAUCACAUCUCCUCUCAGUCUCCUCUUUUCCAGCCUAAACAUACCCAGUAAAGGUAAAGGGCAAAGGGACCCCUGACCAUUAGGUCCAGUCGUGACCAACUCUGGGGUUGCAGCGCUCAUCUCGCUUUAUUGGCCGAGGGAGCUGGCAUAUAGCUUCCGGGUCAUGUGGCCAGCAUGACUAAGCCGCUUCUGGCAAACCAGAGCAGCGCACCGAAACGCCGUUUACCUUCCCGCUGGAGCGGUACCUAUUUAUCUACUUGCACUUUGACGUGCUUUCGAACUGCUAGUUGGCAGGAGCAGGGACUGAGCAACGGGAACUCACCCCGUUGCGGGGAUUCGAACUGCCGACCUUCUGAUCGGCAAGCCCUAGGCUCUGUGGUUUAACCCACAGUGCCACCCAUGUCGCAGUAUUUGCCAUAAAAGAUUCUUGGUUUUGGAUUUUUCUCCCCUAGAAUCUUCAAGGUGCCAGACCUGAGGAAAGAGCUGUUGAAGACAGAGAUGCAAAAGGCAACCGAGACAGUUGAGUGGACACUGAACGCUGCCUUUCUUUUAUCAGAGCAGGGAAUGAAGGGCUCUCGGCGGUGCCUUAGCAAGUGCAGGCGGCUGUUUUCUUGCAAUUUAAAUUCGUUGUGGCAGAUUGCUAUUAAAAGGGAGUGCUUUUGUUGUGUU